CAUAAAAUCUGAAUAUUUAUGCUUGUUGCUGUCAUGUUGUAUACAAAAUAGUUCAAGGGGUGUGAAUACUUUUGUCUGACAACACCUCAGUUGUCUUAUCAGACAAAUGUUAAACACACCCUGGUCUUUCAGUAUCUUCUGUUUGUUAUGUUGUUAAGUUUGCUUGUGUGACGCAGCCAGUAAUAAAAUCAAAAGUGAAAUGAAGCGUCCAAAGAAGCCAAAGAAAAAAGUUGCUUCUCCUUGGUGAGUGGCUUUUCUGAGGGAUUCCUGAGCAAUUCUUUCUUCAACAUCAUGGAAGGUAAGAUAUUAUAAUUACUAAUAAUAAAUGUUAACCCCUUUGACUCUUUCUAGAAAUCUAAACUCGUUGUUUUUGUUGCUGUUCGUGCUUUCCCUGACAUUCUAACACAGAGCAGGCAAUGCCAGCAUAUUUCUAACAUGUACUUCUCUUGUAAGCAAGACAAAGUAAAACAAUUUGAAGUUGAUCAACUAAUGGGAAAGUUUGGAAUAUUAAUUUGAUAUCACUGCACCUUUAACACUGCGGUCAUCAAGUUCAAGAAGCCGUAACUCAGAGGAUUUUCUCAAUUUUCUCACUAACAAAAUCGCAAAUAUAAUGUUGCAUCUUAACACUUGUGGAUGAGGCAUGUCUGUGAUAAACUGUAAUCAUUCAAGCUCAAAAGAGUGAUUUCAUCAGUCGCCUUUGUUCAUCGUUUCCUGUUUUAGAAAACAACAACAUUUAAGUUACAUUCUGCUGUUUUUGUGUGUGAUGAGUUUCUCCUGUAUUUGUAGGCCCUCCAGCUGCUUGUUGUGGGUUGGGAGCAAGACGGAACAAUUCCCAACGUAGGUCUUUUUUUUUUUUUUUAACCACGUGUAAAUGAGUUUAAUUACACACAAAUUGUAAAAUUCUGAAUGAACUGAACUUAUGUAGCAUUUUUUAGCCUGUAAGUUUUUAAUUAAUUAUUUACAAAAGGUCUGAAAAUGUUGUGUUUUGUUAUUCUUUCUAAUUACUUGCCUUUAAAGUCUAACUGAUCCCCCAGUGAAACCAUAAAAAUUUAUGCUCUAUAUAAAAAGAAGCGACAAGUCUAACAACUCAGAUGGUAUCAUACAGCACUGUUAUAACCAAUAGGAAAAUUCAACUGCAGUAGCCACAGCUUAACCCAAAGAGGGCAGCACUAUAUCACAGAGUAAAAUUAGGAAAGAAGAAAAUUUCAACAUUUGCUCAGAAGCUUUAAGAUAGCACCCCAAGUUAAAUGCUUAGUUUAUUAGCAAAGAAAAGUUCUUAAAUUUGUGCAAUUUACGACAAAGAAAAUGUUGCAUGAGAAUAUAACUGAGUAAAAUAAUGAUGAAUAAUUUAUAUGACAUAAAACAAUUUAACUAUAAAUUCCUAUUUCAGGUAAGACAUCAUAGGUUACUGUGAUUUCUCAUGUCCUGGCCCCAGCUUUAAUUAUUAUUUUUUAGUAAGGUUAGAUGUAACAUAUAUAUGAUGCUUCUUGAAGAACAGUCAACAAAAAUAAAUGUUUUUUUUUUCUUAUCUCUUAGUGCGCCUAAGAAGAAUUGCCAUCAUUGGACAAACUGGAGCAGGAAAAAGCAGCCUUGGAAACACCAUAUUUAAAGAGCAGAAGUUUAAAGUCAACCAUGACGUGGAUCCUGGGAUGAGUGGAUGUGAAGCAAAGACCAAACGUGUUGGUGGGAGAGAAAUUACUCUGAUCGAUAUGCCUGGAUUAUUUGAUUCAGAGAAAGAUGAGAAACAGCUGAAGGCUGAGUUACUGAAAGGAAUCACAGAGUGUUCGCCUGGCCCUCACGCUUUCCUAAUCGUGCUCAACAUGGAGAAAUCUACAGAGAAAGACAACGACAUCGUCAGCAAAAUGAAUGAACACUUCUCUGAGGAAGUGUUUAAAUAUUCCACUGUUGUCUUUACCCACGGUGAUCGGCUCCCAAGACGGAAACAAAUCCAAGGAUUUGUGAAGGAGAACAAGUUCCUUAGCGACUUAGUAGAAAAGUGUGGAAAUCGAUGCCACGUCGUUGACAACAAACACUGGAACAAGAGAUCGAAGUACAGCUACAGAAGCAACCGGUACCAGGUGAAGAAACUGCUCAAGUCAAUCGAGAAGACAGUGGAAGAGAACGACGGAAGCUUCUACACCAAUGCCAUGCUGCAAAAAAUAGAGGAGAACAUUAAAAAAGAAGAAGAACACAUCGCAAAGUCUUCCAGAAACAUAUCAGAGAAAAAAAUCAGAGAGACGGCUAAAGAAAGGACACAUGAAGAUUUCUUAAACAAGCUAGCAGGCAUCACUACUGGUGCUUUGUUAGGAGCUGCUUUUGGUCCAGCAUUAGCUGUGUCAGUGGUUGUUGCAUUGCUGGCAACAACUCUUAAUGUCAUCACCUCUGCAACCAAAUCAUGGAGCGGAACGUUUACAAAACUAGCUUUAAACGUAACAGCAAGUUCAGCACCAGACAAAACAAAGGAGGCAGAAAAAGAAGCAAACGUAGCAGCAGAAACAGGAG